GAUGGCUGGUUGCCUCAUGCUGAUGAGGCUUAGACCAUGUUGAACCCUACAUUUGUUCUGUGGGACAUUGUAUACUUCUUAUAUACCUAUGGAUCUAUCUUCAUUAUUUUCCUAAUUAUUUGGCAAGUGAGCUGGAAUUAUCAUGGAUUGAGAUAUGAAUGUAAAAGGAGCUGCUGCCAGCGUCACCAAAAAAUCAGGCAAAGGGCUAGAAAUGCAGCAUCAAGAGCUAAGAGAUGUUACCAAGAAGAACCUGAGAAGCCAAGGGAGCUGAUCUCCAUCAUGAAAAGCCAGCACUGGCUUCCCCAGCAGGAAAGUGUGCGGCAGCUCCUUUGUGCAGAUCCCUCCUGCCAAACCUGCAAUGCAGUGGCUCAAGAGAUUCAGCAAUUGCUACAGGAUGAGAAGAACCAAAUCUCCACCAAUUUAUCAGAGCCAUCACAGGACUCUUGCCUACAGAUGUUCUCUGUGUCAGCUGUGUCUUUUGAGCAGAAUCUGGAGCUUCAUUCUCAGCACCCUAGGGAUCAUUCACUGGCAUCUGUACCCCCAACACUGACGCAAAUGACAGAACAUUUAAUGCAAUCAACCGAUACAAUUAGCACCCAAGGAUACUGGGCGGAUCAUGUCCAACAAGGGCGAAGAUUUCAACUGGAAAAUAUACCCACAGACCAGGAGACUAUGGCUUCAUUAAGGUUUGAGGAGCCUGUAGUUCCAGUGAAUGAACAGGAAAUGAGGCAGAACAACCUUAACUUUUUCCAGGGGAUCCAAAAUCAGCAGUCUGUGAACUCUCAGCACUUCUCUUUUAUGUAUGUGAACCCAGACAUCACUAACGUGACACAUCCAAUGGUUGCCCAUAUGGCCCCACAUGUCCAUGUCACCUUCCUCACUCCUCAGGUCCUGAGACUUCUGGAGGUACAUGUAAAAAAAUGGAUGCAUUUUCAGAGGUGGGGGCUCCCCAGACGUGUGGAGGACUCCCUGAGGCAGCUUAUACCAAACACACUAAUGUAUUGCCACACAGAAAAUAAUGAGCCACUUUCUUUCAUCCUAAAUAAUAAUUCUCAGGUCGGUGUUCAUGAAUUUGGGACCACUGCCCACCAAACCUGGUGUUCCUAUAUGGCUGGGCAACCCACACAGUCCUUCUGGGUUUCUGAAUGGUCUGAAAUGGACCCAGAACACAGAUACCACUGCCAGCAAAGAUCUAAAACUAUGGGUCUCUCCUUCCACUCCUCUUCCCCAGAAGUUCUGAGCGGCCUGCAUGGGGGACAGGCUAAUGACUCAGGAAACAAUCUGCACCAGAAAUACAGGCAGCUAUUCUGUGGCCUACCUUCUCUGCACAGUGAGUCACUGGCUACUACUUUGUUGAGCUCUGAAGGCCUCUCCAAGAACAAGAACAUGUCCAGGACCCCACUGAAAGAGUCUCUUCUAUUCAAGAGACUCUCUUCCCACCCCUUGCUGCCCAGAACACCACCUGAGAUAAACUGGCCCCCCUCCUCUCUGUCGCCAAAUUGUGUGGCUCUAGCUGAAGAUCAACAGGCUCAUAUCAGUGUCCCAUUUCUGACUCCAGCUGAAUGUAAAACCUUGGAAUGGCACCUGCUGCAGAGGCAGCUCCAGUUUCAGUGGGGCCUGCCAACGGCCAGGCAGAGAAGUCGCCAUGCCCACAGCCCCAUACAGUCUGAGCCAUGUGACAAAGCCCAGGCUCCUCAGACUAUGAAAACAUCCUGGCCAGAGAAACCUGUCUCAGGCUCCACCAGGAAACGACACAUCUUCCCAGAGCAUGCCCACAGGCUGCUGGAAUUUCACUUCCAGAAGCAAUUGAUUCACCUUCGCUGGGGCCUACCUGAGAAGAUCCAGCAGUCCCUCCAGCUGUUCCUUGCCUCUACUGACCAGCAGACUCUGUCCUGUAACAGCACAGCCUUACCCAAUGUGAGAAUCCCCCAAACUAUGACCCUAAAGGGCAAGGGUGAUGGUGAUUCAUUCUUGCCCAUCCUGGCCCAGAUGUCAAUCCCCAUGCCACACUUAUUCACCCAGGCCAAGGCCAAACUGCACAGCCACAUUGACUCCAAAUGUGGACAGAUCCACCAAGGCAAGGUCCCUUUCCAUUCAUAUAGCUCCUGGGAAGGCAUAGUUUCUGGCGACCUAGCAGUGGCUCCCUUCCCCUGCAGUCCACAGGGUCAGCCCCUGGAGCUGCAGGCAGCAAGUGACACCGAGCUCCAUGACAAAGUUGUGUCCUGGACACCAAUGGCCCUGGAUCAGCAAAAACAGGCCUCACCAGACACUGUCACUGACCACCCUAAGCUGCACCGAGCCCUGUCUCAAGGAGUCAUUGAGAAACUGGAGAUGACCGUAAGGCACAAGUAUCUCACCUUCCUGUCAGGACUGCCUACUCUUUACUCUUCAGCCCUUUCUGAAGGGAUGGCUCCAGCAAUCACUAGCCACUCUACAGCCGUGGAGAUGGUGCCAGGGCCUAUGACAACCCCAAAGGAGCCUCUGACUCAAACUAUCUCACCGGAAGACCCAAGCAGGAGGUUUGGGCCAUCCUUUCAAAAUGACAGUGAGACUCAGGCAGACAAGGCACAUUUGCAGCCUGAGGUGCAGGUGGAAGGAGCGACAGAGUCCGUGCCUCUGGUCAGCCAGACACAUAUUGCUAUUCUCUACCUAUCCAAGACACGUAUCUUCUCCAAGCUAAACUUUCACCUAAGAAAAAAGGUCCUAGAAAUAAAAUUGGGACUUCCCAUGCGGGCGAGGGAGUCCAGGAAACUGACUAUAGCUGGCCCAGAGAACAAGUCCUCACAGGCACCUCCUACUAGUCUAAACAACCCAGGAAGCACAGUGCUUCCAAAACUGCCCAUCCUGCCAGAUGCAUGUCCUGCUCCAGAUUCAGAGUGGGUCCACCUUACAGAGCACCUGGCUUCACAGCUGGAGACAGUGCAGCACAGCCAAAAGCCACCUAGCUCCAAGGCAUUAUCCCUCGCUUCAACCCACUGGUCGUCCAAGAUCUCACAGCUCAGCAGGGCCCAGGUGCUUUGUGUUCAGAUGGAGGCCAGUGCGAACAACCCCAGCCUGUGGGAGCCCUGGAGCGCUGGGCCCCAAAGCCCAGGCAAAGACUCAGCCCAAAUCUCCACACUGGCAGAAAGGAGAGAGGACAUAGGGAAACCCCAAGCACCAGGGGACCUCGGAGAAGGGGAUGCAGGGCUUGGGCUCCCUUUAACCAGUGCAGAAAGGCAGCCUGAUGAAAAUGAGAAGCCAGAGGAGAAACUUUGGGAGAGAGAACCCCAAGGCUCCUGGAGAUGGACCCACAGAUGUCUUCUUGUAGAUCCUCAGCAACACAGUUCCCAGUGUCACCCCCAGCUUAAGCCUCCAGAGCCUCCUAAAGAGGGCCCUGAGAGGGAAGAAUCUGAGCAUGACUUGCAGGGCCAUCAAGGAAAGUUAAAUGUCCUCCUCACACCUGCAAAGGUCCCUCAGGAUUUCCAUCCUGCGGUGGCCCAGGCUUCCCAAGGCCAGCGUUUCCUGGGCCAACCAACUCCUCAUAAGCCUUCUAAGGGCCAGCCUUUGCAAAGCCACGUGUUUCAGGGGCAGGUGAUGCCAGCCCAUUCUCACAAGAGCUCCAGCCUUCCAGAGUCUGGCUUGAUCAAUAAGAUGAAGCACUUUCUACACUUUCUUGGAAGUCUCAACAUCCAGCACAAAAAUGCCAUGACCAAAGGCAAAGGGCACGUAGACUCCAUGUUCUCAACACCUGGGAAAGUGGCCAAAACCAAAAAAAAUGUUGAAAAGAGCCUGGCUCCAGCCAAAGGUCCCAUGGAGAAAACUAGGAUUGACACUCCAUUGAGGCACCCCAAGAAGCAGUCACUCCCCACAGACAGGCCAGUGGGCCUGGCAUCCUUAGAUGUUACCCAUUCUCCACACAAUAAGCUCCACCUUCGCUCCCAAAUACAUGGAUCUGCCUCCAUCCCAGGCCACCCCUGCCACCACUCUCCUCAAGUGGCUUGUUCCUCCCAAUCAGGGAACGCACCUUAGCCUCCAUCUCUUACCUCAGAAACAUCUUGCUCAAG